AUGCGGGUUACUGAGGAGGAGGAGGUGUAUCCAGCGAUCAGGUCUAUGGGGGCACUUAAAGCGCAGGGUAAAGAUGGCCUCCAGCCUUUGUUCUACCAACGAUGUUGGCACAUAGUCUGUCAGGCAGUUGUGGAGUUUGUGCAAGGUUGCUGGAGGGAACCGGAGCGACUCAAGGAAGUUAAUGCCACUAUUGUAGCUCUGAUCCUGAAGAUUCCACGACCGACAACUAUCGAGCAGUACCGACCGAUUAGUCUCUACAACGUGGCUUACAAGGCGAUCAAGAAUGUUUAG